AUGUGACCACAGCUGAUGUUAUUGUAGUCCAUUAUUGUCGCGACGCACACUUUCCAGAAACUUUCAUUCUCAAUACCCGUCGCGUCGCUUAACUACAGUUCACGGGACGAGCGUGCGAAUUUCGGCAACGAGAUGUCCUUGAACACGGCCCACGCGAACUCGGGCGUUUUGAUUCACGCAGGCGAAUGCAUUCUGCUGUUUUGCAACAAUGUGACCCUGGACUUCAGCGGCGGCCACCAGGCCGAGAUGAAGGGCAACAAGACAGGCCGGCUCUUCCUCACCACGCACAGAAUGAUCUUCCUGAACAGCGACGCCAAAGACAAAAUGCAGUCGUUCAGCUUUCCGUUCGUCACGAUGAGUGAGGUGGAACUGGAGCAGCCCAUUUUCGGCGCCAACUUCAUCAAGGGCAAGGUCAGGGCUCAGGACAACGGCGGAUGGGUCGGCGAGGCUAAGUUCAAACUGCAUUUCAAGCACGGCGGCGCCAUCGACUUCGGACAGGCCAUGCUCAAGGCCUCCCAAAUGGCGUCUCGGAACGGUCCUCCGUCAGCGCCACCGGCCUAUGUGGCGCCGAACGGCGGCUUCUACCCGGCGCCGCCACCCGCGUACACGCCACCCCCGAACGGCUACUAUGGCUGGACGCCACCAACGAACGUAUUCCCCGACCAGCCGGCUGCUAACUCUGUCUUUAUGACCGACAUGCCGCCGCCCUACCCGGGCAUCAACGGAUACAACGGCUACGCGUCGGCCUCGGCGCCGCCCCAGCAGGCCAUGCAGCCGACGGCCGCGCAGGCGAAGGCCAUGGAGGCUGCCCAGAGUGCAUACUACGACCCAAACCGACCUCAGUGCGCUUACGUGCCGCCUCCGGCCUACUAUGAACCGCCGCCGGCCUACCACGACGCGAGCAAGAAGGACCAGUGAGUCUGAACAACGCAUUCCUGCUUAUUACCAUCCCAAUAUAAAUUUAAAUAUUAUGUAUCGUUACUAAAGAUGGACAGCACUCUGAAAGCUUCUCUAAACUGCAAAUAAAGAGAUUGUAUAUACUAUAUAUUCUCUAAUCAUGUGGUACGUGUGCUUUUCUUUUUGAAUCUUGAAUGCAAAUGACUGAUGUUAGUAAUUGGUACUCUGUUGUUUUUAUUUGGUCGUAUAUAGUCUAUUAAAUUUGAAGAAAAUGCCUCUGAUGCUUUUGUCCAAAUUUGAGGUUGUAGACACGCUUGUACAUUUGUAUGAAAAUAAACGCGCGCUUCAUCACCUCAAA